AAAGACCUUUCAAAGGUCUGUAGUCUCCUCCCUUCUACGUCAUCACCACGCGUCUACAACACACCGCUCUGCUUUACACGUCUCACACCUCAAGAUCAACCUGUGCAUCCUCUCUAACAAGACCAACACAUUGUACCUGUAACCCGCUGACAAUAAGAUCGGGCGCUAUGUUGGCAGAAGACAGGAAGCCACAGAAAGGAGGAGGAAAGAAGAGGAGGCACCCCGGUGAUGAUGGAGAAGGUGGAGAGAGGAAGAAGUGGGGAGGUGAAGAAGGAGAAAAGGGUCCAGGAGAUGGUGGCCGCAAGCGUCUGGACGCCUUGAGUGUGGGAUAUUUCCGCCGAGUCGGGGAAAGACUCAGUGAAGGCUUUGAAGAUAAUGAGGAGAGAGAGAUGUUUGUGGAAAACGUCCUCACUGAAGUCAAAGGUAAAGCGACCCUGGUGGCGAUGGACCGCACAGGAAGCAUCACUCUGCAGCGACUGCUCCCAUUCUCCAGUCUCGACCAGGUGGGAGAGGUGCUGGCUGAACUGGGUGGAGAAUCGGGGUCGGAGUUGAAGGCGGUGGCUUGCAACCAGUGUGGGGGUCAUGUGGUGGAGAGUGCAGUCAGACAGAUAUCCAGGUGGUCAGAGUCAUCACAGAAGGAAUCGUCUUCUACCACAGAAGAAGAGGAGGAUGAGUGUGGAGUGUUGGAGGCUCAGGUGUUGUCUUUCAGCCAGGUGGUGAGAGAAAACAGCGCAGAGUUCAUCAAACACAUUCAUGGCUCACAUGUGGUCCGCACACUUCUACACGUGCUGGCAGGCUGCAUCGGACCGCCACGCACUGAAUCUCGACCAGGCUCAAAAGAACGAAACGUUGCUCCUCAGCUGACAGACUUUGAGAUUCCCACGUCGUUUUGGUACGAGCUGAAGAGCCUCACAGAGACCCUGAUGGAAAACAUAAACUUGAGUGUGACAGAUGCUGCUGCCAGUGCAGUUUUUCAGACCAUGUUGACCGUUUGUCACAGAAAACGUCCCAAACUCUGCAAACAGCUCCUCAAAGGCAUCAUGCAGUACCUGACAAGUCGCAGUGCCGCUCCAGGAGUCAGUCCGCUUCUGGUCUUUCUCAAAGAUCACGCCUCCAGCCGCCUCAUUGAGACCAUCAUUCAGCUUUCCCACAAGUCCCUUCUUCGUGACAUCUACAAAAACCACCUGAAGGGUCAGAUGGUGGACUUGGCUCUCCAUCCGAUUGCCAACUUCCCCAUACAGAGGCUGACUGCGGCUUCUGCGAAAUACCAAAUGUUCCUAAAGUUGUUUGACGAGCUGAUCCAAGGAGUGGAGGCCAUCUUGGCUUCAGGUCACAUGGGUGUGAUCGUCCAGCUGGCAGAGAGCUGUGCAGAGAGCGGAGAGAAACAGGAAGACUUGAUGCAGAGCCUCCUCCGUGCGUUUCACUGUGCUGAGCCAGGCUCUCGACACGUCAGCUGCCUCCCUCUCUUCAUGUCCCUGCUCACCUAUGAGGUGUACUACCACUCUGACGCAGCAGAGGGCAGCACACAGACAGAGGUCCCACUCUCCUCCAUCUGUUACCACGGCUCCCGCCUCGUCCAGGCACUGUCCAAGUUCAAAGAGCGCUCGCACCUCCUCAGCAGCCUGCGCACUCUGACCCCAGCUGACCUCCUGACCUUGGCCUCAGACCCGUCAGGCAGCCAUGUGCUGCAGGCCCUCAUCACCACAUCAAGCGACAAGGGGAGAGGGAAGAUCCUCAAGAGACUGGAGGGUCAGUAUGUUCAGAUGGCGUGCUCACGGUUGGGGAGUCGGGUGCUGGAGGCCAUAUGGAACAGCGCUACAGUCAGUCACAGGCAGAGCAUCGCACAGGAGCUAGUGCAGAACGAGAACCAGCUGAGGUCGGAUCAGUUUGCUCGACACGUGUGGGCCAAAUUCGCCCUCACACACUUCAUUCACAGAAAAGCCCACUGGCAGGAAAUCCAGACCGGGGAGUCUAAGAAGAGGAAGCUGUUCAGUGACAUUCUGGAGUAGAAAAUACAUAUUUAUAAGUUUUUUUGCAAAGUAAUCAGACUUAAAAUAAAGCAGAACGUUUUUCCUGUUAA